ACGAAGCGAUCGGUGUCAAAGCGCUGAGCGCGUUAAACAGAGAGCACCGACAGACUCAUGAUCGCAUUUUUAUAAAACAUAUGACACAUUUCUCUCUGGACUUUUUGCUUAAUAUUUAUCGUUUGGGUUAUCAGAGUAAAGUAAUCUACGAGGACAACAUGUGCAACACGGAAGAGAGUUGUGCUGUGCUGGGCUCCAUGCAGCGUGCUCCAGGGCCUCUGUGGUGCUCCGAUGCCCCUCUCCCACUGACGAAGAUCCCGGGUGGGCGAGGGACAAGCAGGGAUCACCCUCACAGCGUACUGCACAAGGACGAAAAGUUGACGGUGACCCAAGCGGGGUCGGUAAACGGGGCGCCGUCUGUUUUGCACUUCCAGUACCAGCUGAGCGAGCAACGGUCCUCUUGCUGGGACACGGUUCUAUCAGACGACGCACUCUACCUGGAAAUCCCGAAUGGAUCGCUCCACAAUGGCAGCAGGGAAGGGUUCACCAGGCUGCUGGAAUUCGCAGAAGAGCAGUUGAAAGUCAGUUACGUGUUCCUGUGGUUUUACAAAAACAGAGACGAUCGAAUGUCCAUCAUGAAGACCUUCCGCUACAUGGGUUUCGAAGUCGUGAAACCGGGUCACCCGCUGGUGCCCGACCGACCCGAUCUUCUCUUUAUGGUCUAUUCCAUGGAAAGCAGCAGUUCUUCUGAUGAAGAGUGACCAUCACCUACUCGCUCUCAAAUUGCCCCCAGCCCUCCUCUUCCUCCCCUCAUUGUGACCCGCCCCCAUAAACCUGCACCAAAGUGACUUUUAGCCAAGGGCUCAGAAAGGGCAGGGGAAAGACUGGACCAGUUGACACCGAUGGUUCAAUUUUCGUUGUUAGCCCACCGAUCACUUCUGAUUGGUUCCAUUAGCAAGAGAUGGGUUGGUGCUGACGAGAAAUCCAGCAUAUCCUCUGUUAAUCCACACUAUAUAUCAAACUGUGUAUACUGUAUGUUAUGACUUUCAGAACAGGAAUCAAAGGUAAUAUGACUUUUACAGAAGGGAAGCAUUAAAUUGACCUGUUUUCGGUGAAAGCUUUGGUUUUGGGUGUUGGUGGUGAAACAGGAAUUCUUCAUUUUAUUCCAGUCUGGAGUCUUUAAAAACUCAUGCUGUUAUAUUACAACUUUAUACUUGGAAAGAUGCAAUAGUGUGUCCUAAAAGAACUUCCAACUUAAAUAUGUUAAUCUUCAACUUUUUCAGUAAAGCAAAGUUAAAAAAAAUUGGAUAACAUUGAGUUCUUACAUUUAGAUGUUAAUAAAUUACCCAACUUUGCAUGGAAAACAGCUUUAUGGCACAGUCACACUAGACAUUCAGAAUGGUAAAUUUCUACUCGAACCCCAAAUUCGUAGGUCACUGAACUUAAGCAAAAUGCUAAUUUGUUGCAUUCGUAUCCGUAUGAAUAUGUAUCUAGUGUGGCGAAAUCACCAGAAUCCAUCAUUCCAGACCACAUCAACUAUAUUAUCUAUGUUCAACAAGGGUAGUUUAGUGUUUUCUCAGCUUGGCUGCAACGUUUGCUUGCGGCGCGUAGAAAUGGAUGUUAAGUCAGGCAUAUUUCUUUAAAACAAGAUGUAUGAGCAUGUUUGCGAUAGAAUAACCAAUUAUAGUUCAUUCGAAGGCCCUGUCAUCUUCAUUUUUGUAAGAUUCCCUUCUUAGGGAGGUGCAUAAGAGUCUUACUCAAGUCCUGUCUCAACGUAUCACACCUUUUGUCUUCACCAUCUUAAAUCAAAGCAUCAGGAAACAAGAACCAUCCCCACCCCUGGCCCCUUGGGCCUUUCUCAUAAGCACUUUAGGAAAACACAUGCAAUUCAGAUUGCGGUGCAUUGUAUAUCCAUUAGAGACAGAUAUACUUUGAGCUGGCGAGAUGUUUGCCGAACUUGACACACUUGCCAAAGAUAAUGGUGUCCAUUCAAAGCUAUGGCCUCAAGUUUCAUACGGAUCAUACUGGUGAAUUUAAGCUUUUAACCGCAGAAGCGGCAUCAGAUAGAAAGAUCGGACCUGGUGCAGACAGGUAUAACAUGCAUAAACAUUCCCCAAAGCAACAGCCUCUCUUUCUUCAAUAACUGGUCAUCUCUAUGGUGAAAUCUGUAUGUUCUCAAUCCAGCUCUGUAUGUUUAUCAAGCAGGAUGGCAUGUGUAUAUAUAUAUCUUAUCUUUCCUUGUUAGCUGUAACAAGCUUUUAAAGAGUUUCUCGUUGAUCUUUAUUUUUAUCUUGAGCAAAUGAUUUCAUCUAUGUUGAUUGAUGUUUUUUGUAGAAUAGAAUUUUGAUUAAACAGAUAUCAUUGAUUGACACUCGCCGAUAAUAAACCUUUCCUUAUGUCUAAAUUAAGGUUUUAAAAUAAAACUUGAUGAGUAACUUUU